UUUUUUUUUUUUUUUUGGUUUCUUUGAAGGUAAACCGAGAGGAGAAGGGGGAGUUGUUUAAUUAAGAUCUUACGAAUCGUGGUCUCUGAAGAGGCUAUGGCUUUGAGGCGCCUAAUCACAGAUGUUUGUAAGCAUCGAUCUGAGUUGGGGCAAGUAAAAAAUUUGUUUGUUAGAACUUAUCCUGUCAACAAGUUUGGAGGUGCUGGAGGUAACAGUUCUCAACGAAGGUUUCAGUCAAAUUAUGCUGGUAAUUUUGCUCGUAGAAUACGUGAUUCAGAUGAAGCAAGUGAGGUUGCCCAUCUUCGAGAACUUUACCGUCGAAAUGAUCCUGAAGCAGUGAUUAGACUAUUUGAAAGCCAACCAUCAUUACAUUCUAACCAGGCAGCACUUUCUGAAUAUGUUAAAGCAUUAGUUAAAGUUGACAGGCUGGAUGGCAGUGAGCUGCUUAAGACAUUGCAAAGAGGUAUUGCCAACUCAGCAAGGGAAGAAGAAAGUAUAGGAGCCUUUUCGGCUCUUAAGAAUGUGGGAAAAUCAACAAAAGAUGGUAUUCUUGGAACUGCCAGGGCUCCUAUACACAUGGUGGCAGCUGAAGGAGGGCAUUUUAAGGAGCAGUUGUGGCGUACGAUUCGCACAAUUGCACUGGGUUUUCUAUUGAUUUCUGGUGUUGGAGCACUUAUUGAGGAUAGAGGAAUCAGUAAAGGACUUGGUUUGCACGAAGAAGUGCAGCCUAGCAUGGAAUCUAACACAAAGUUUAGUGAUGUAAAGGGUGUUGAUGAGGCAAAACAAGAGCUUGAAGAAAUUGUCCACUAUCUUCGAGAUCCAAAGCGCUUCACUCGUUUAGGUGGCAAGCUUCCAAAAGGUGUUUUGCUUGUUGGUCCACCUGGCACCGGAAAAACCAUGUUGGCAAGAGCUAUUGCUGGAGAAGCUGGGGUUCCUUUCUUCUCAUGCAGUGGCAGUGAGUUUGAAGAGAUGUUUGUUGGCGUUGGAGCUCGGAGAGUGAGAGAUCUCUUUUCUGCAGCAAAGAAGCGGUCACCAUGUAUAAUAUUUAUUGAUGAGAUAGAUGCUAUAGGUGGAAGCCGUAAUCCAAAGGACCAACAAUACAUGAAGAUGACUUUGAACCAGUUGCUAGUAGAGCUAGACGGCUUUAAACAAAAUGAAGGAAUUAUCGUGAUUGCUGCAACUAAUUUCCCAGAAUCAUUAGACAAGGCGCUUGUAAGACCUGGACGAUUUGAUCGCCACAUUGUUGUUCCAAAUCCAGAUGUAGAAGGACGAAGGCAGAUUAUGGAAUCACACAUGUCAAAGGUCUUGAAGGCUGAUGAUGUUGAUUUGAUGAUCAUUGCUAGAGGGACUCCUGGGUUCUCUGGUGCUGAUCUUGCAAACCUUGUCAAUAUUGCUGCACUGAAGGCUGCAAUGGAUGGAGCCAAAGCUGUGACUAUGGCUGAUCUGGAGUAUGCAAAGGACAAGAUCAUGAUGGGAAGUGAACGUAAGUCAGCUGUCAUCUCUGAUGAAUCACGGACACUGACAGCUUUCCAUGAGGGUGGUCAUGCUCUUGUGGCCAUCCAUACUGAUGGGGCGCUUCCAGUUCACAAAGCAACAAUAGUUCCCCGAGGAAUGUCCCUUGGCAUGGUUUCCCAAUUGCCUGAUAAGGAUGAAACAAGCAUUUCCCGCAAGCAGAUGCUUGCUCGACUUGAUGUUUGCAUGGGGGGAAGGGUUGCAGAAGAGCUCAUCUUUGGAGAAAAUGAAGUUACUUCUGGUGCAUCUUCUGAUCUAAAGCAAGCAACUAGCCUUGCAAGAGCAAUGGUUACAAAAUAUGGCAUGAGUAAAGAAGUUGGUGUUGUCACUCACAAUUAUGAUGACAAUGGUAAGAGCAUGAGCACAGAGACUAGGCUCCUUAUUGAGAAAGAAGUGAAGUACUUUCUGGAAAGGGCUUAUAACAAUGCAAAAACUAUUCUCACCACCCAUAACAAGGAGCUCCAUGCACUGGCUAAUGCCUUGCUCGAGCAGGAGACACUUACUGGAAAUCAGAUCAAAAGUUUACUUGCCCAAGUCAAUUCACAGCAGCAGCAGCAACCUCAGCAGAUAGUUGCACAACAGAACAGUUCGCAAUCCAACCCAGUGCAGCCUCCAUCGACUCCUAAUCCAGCUGCAUCAGCCGCUGCAGCAGCAGCUGCGGCAGCUGCAGCUGCAACUGCUGCCGCUAAGUCCAAAGGCAUUGCACCUGUGGGAUCAUAGUCUGAGAGAGGCUGGUAAGGCUGCGGCUAUUUAUUGAAUUGAAUGUGCAUAAUUUAGUUACUGGCCUUUUUGUUCGAGAACUGUAGUUCCAUUUCUGGUAGACUAUUUCAUGUAUAACCAUGUGUUCGAAAAUUUAACAGAAGCUAUAGAAGAAGUUAAUGGCAGUAGAGCAUUACCUUGGCAAGUUA